UGGGACAACAGGAAACACUAAUAUCCAGAAAAUAAUCACUAAGUCUAGUUUUGCGUGGAAAAAGAAGAACAAUUUUCAUUACACUGUUCCAUAGAUAUAAUGACUUUCAUUCUUUCUUCAUAGAGUUGUUUCAAAGGAAAAUGAAGCCAACCCUCUUUCUGUGUUUGUUACUUGUUGGACUUCUUGCUGUUGUCCGUUGUCGUCAUGACCCUGACCACCACGAUGACUAUGAUGAUACAAAGCCCCAGGAACAUCAUCCCAAUGUUAAAGGAAAUCCUAAAAGCAAAACACCAGCUUGUUCCAAAAUAGCUCCCAGCAAUGCUGACUUUGCAUUUGCAUUCUACAAGCAGGUUACAUCAGAUGCAGUUAAGAAUAUUUUCUUCUCUCCUUUGAGCAUCUCCACUGCUUUAUCCAUGGUGGCUCUAGGUGCUAAAUCAACCACUCUGACUCAGAUUCUGGAAGGACUCGCCUUUAACCUGACAGAGAUUGAGGAGAAGGAGAUACAUGAAGGUUUUCGUGAUCUCAUUCACUGGCUAAACCGUCCUGACAGUGAGGUCCAGCUGAAUCUGGGAAAUGCUCUUUUUGUUGAUGAGAACCUGAUAUUGCUGCAGAAGUUUUCGGAAGACAUCAAAAGCUUGUAUGAAGCAGAAGCUUUUCACAGUAAUUUCCAGAAUUCUCCAGAGGCUGAGAAACAGAUCAAUGAUUAUAUAGAGAAGAAAACCCAUGGGAAAAUUGCCAACUUGGUCCAGGGUCUUGAUCCAUUCACUCUAAUGGUUCUUGUCAACUAUGUUUACUUUAAAGCCUACUGGGAACAUCCUUUCAGUGAUUUGCUCACUCAUGAAGCAGACUUUUUUGUGGAUGGGAAAACAACAGUUAAAGUAAAUAUGAUGACCCGAGAUGGAGAUUAUAACACUCACUAUGAUAAGGAGUUGUCUUGUCAGCUGGUGGAAAUACCUUACAAUGGAAAUGCUACAGCAUUAUUUAUCCUGCCUGAUGAAGGAAAAAUGAAGCAAGUGGAGGAUGCUCUGUUGAAAGAAACUGUGUCUAAAUGGGUAAAAUCACUUAAACAAAGAAGAAUAGAACUGUACAUUCCAAAAUUUUCUAUUUCGGGCUCCUAUGAUGUCAAAGAGAUAUGCAAGAGAUUGGGUAUGAUCGAUGUAUUCGAGGACCAUGCUGAUCUAUCUGGAAUCACUGAGAAUUCCAAGCUGAAGGUUUCAAAAGCUGUUCACAAGGCUCUGCUGAAUGUUCAUGAGAACGGCACUGAAGCAGUAGCAGUCACUGUCAUAGAAAUGGUUCCUACAUCUCUUCCUCCAGUCAUUCAAUUCAACAAGCCCUUUCUGAUAAUGAUUUUUGAUCGAAGCACCGACAGCUUGCUCUUCCUAGGGAAAAUUGUAAACCCUACUGAAAAAUAA